AUUACCAUAUGUCGUGAAACCAUACAGACGAUGUCGCCGUAGACUGUAGGGUAUAGUGAGUGAUGCAGGAAUAACAUACAUCUCACCUUGAAACCUUAGAGACACGUGGACACAAUAACAAACCAGCGAUUUCUUCCUUUUCCUGCCGGUAAAAGUAAGGAAGUGUAAUGACCAAAUAUUGACGGAAGAAUCGUUAUGCAAGUACACCAUAUUCAGUAGAAAGGCGAGUGUUGGGCGGCUGAGCACCGGUGGCGUGGCGGCGUGGCGGCAGCGGUGUUUCGGGCAGGUGUGGUGAGAGUCACGGGCUUAUAAACUGUGCAUCGGCCACACCAUCGUCAGAGACCAGCCGAGACUCGCUCAAGAAACAUCCCUCAAGAUGGUGUCCCGCUGCGUGAGUGUGGCUGUGGCGGUGCUGGUGGUGGUGGCCGCUGUGACCGCCGAGCCAGGCUUUAUCAAGAUUAAGGGACGGUGCCGGCCACAUGUGCGCUACGUCCCUUACUACAAGACUAUAGUCAACAAGAUACCAGUCUACCACACAGUCUACAAGGAGAAGGUGGUGCCCUCCCCCAUCCACAAGACCGUGUACAAGACGCAGUACGAGCCACAGUACCAAACAAAGUACGUGCCCAAGUACGUAACCAAGUCCGUGUACAACACAGACGUGGAGUACAUCACCAAGUACGACGUGAAGUACCAGACCAAGUAUGAGACGAAGUACGUGCCGCAGUACAAGACAGUGGUGAAGACUGAGCACACUUAUAAGACUGUGUGCCCGAAGACUCCCUACAACCCGUCGUACUGAGGAAAGCAGCGAGGGUAGCGAGGCUCAGGAAGGCCCUGGUAGUCUGUUGCUGGUAGUAGUGGCCGCUGCUCCGCCGUCUCACCUCAACUCAACACUUUUCCUCUCCCGGCCAGUCUUUGUUUUGUCUGUUUUAUGUUUGCCCAAUAAAUACUUAAGUUGAAA